CUGCGAUGUUUCCUCGCUACUUUCUAUCACAAUUGUCUACCAAAAAGCACCGAAGUAGUAUGCCUAGCCAGUACAGUGGUUACAUUUACAUCGAUCGUCCAAAUUCUUGGUUUUCUUGGCAAGAACGGUUGGCAUGUUGCUAUCUAUGUUUUGUGGUGGAUAUGUGCCGGACUUUCCAUUCUAGCAAUCAUGGGCAUUCCAUACGUGUUUACGCAGAUCAACCCUCCUAGCAUCGCUGGUGUGUUACCAAACGCCCAGCUGCCUCUCGAGGAGGCUCUAACCGCCGCAGCUACUUGUGGCUCGCUAUGUACGAACGGUUAUUGGAGUUGUGAGAUUCGUGUACCUGUGAUCCUUGUAUCAUACCUGCUCUUGGGCAUCGCAAUCCUUUUGGCAUUUAUACUGGAUGCUCUUUUCCUUGGUCGUCUUUACAACCAAACAAAAGAUAAAAGGGCCAAGGAGAGCAAAUCACAAGCUCUCAACUUCGCUUACCAGAUCAUGGUCUUAGCAGGCCCGUGGGGCAAAGGCAGUGCUAGACUAACAUGCCUAGGAAAAGCAGUGCUUGAUGGAACUUUCAGUCCGUACAACAGUGGUACCAUGUUAACCAGUGAAGUAGCGUUUGCCGUAGGAUACUCCAGCAUCUUUGCCAGUAUCUUCUUUUGGGGCACUGCGAUAUUCUGCUGCAUGCUCUGCGAUAUACCAUUGGGUAUCCUUGUUGAAGAUGUCUACUCCAUUAAGGUCGGGAACUGA